CAAGUCAGCAUCAAGAUACCCACCAUGCUCCUCCUAGCCCUUGCCAUCAUCCUCGCCAUCAUCACCAACCCCUCCACCGCCGCGGAUCCAGCGAGGUGCUACCUCCCCGGCGGAAGGCCCAUCGAGGACGACAAGAAUCCGAUCCGGCCGUGCGAGUGGAACAAGGGGGUCAGCGGUCUGAUCACCAACGUCAACGGGACCUGCUGCGCUCGCGGCCAGGGCUGCCUCAUCAACGGCCUCUGCGUAGAUACCGACAAGUCGGAGAUCUGGGAGGGUGGCUGCGUCAACCGCAACGGCAGCUUUUGCACGCAGGACUGCGAUGCGAAAUAUAAUCCCCAGAGGCUUGAGAAGUGUGGUGCGGUGAAAAGGGAUUAUUAUGCAUGUCCGGGAAGGAAGGAUGACUGUGAGGAUGAUGAUGCAAAGGUUUUUAGAGUCAAAGACUAUGUCAUUCUCGGCACUGUCUCGGACGAGCGAACAGAGACAACAUCAUCGACCACAAAGAGCAGCAGCAGCAGAAGGAGCACAUCUUAUUCAUCAGACACCAGCACCGCCACCGACGACUCCCAGCCGGCAACUACAACCUUUGGACCAGCCGAGACUGUGACCAAGACGAUGCCCGCGGAUGACCCCCAAGGACCUCUGCCCACGGCAAACAACAACAACAACAACCAGACCGAAGAGCCGAAGCAUGACAGCGACCCGUCUGGAGUCGUCCCACUCGCGGUUGGCGUCUCGAUCGGCGCCGUCGCGCUGGUGGCCAUCGUCCUCGGCGGCUGCUGGUGGCACCGGGAUAGGGUGCGGCGGGAGCCGGCGCGGGCCGAGACGCCGCCGCAGACCACGGGGCCGAUUGCUGACUCAAGGGACUUCAUCUACUUGCCUGAGCGGGUAGAGCGCCAUGGACGGAUGAGGGGUUUCUGA